CUCCAUGGUUAAUUUUUUGAUCGCUUCAUUUCAGUUGUUUGGUAAAACCGUAAAGCAUAUUGCUAAUAACUAGUGCCUUUGAUGGUCUUUUGUAGAUUGUGUCUUUGGUUUGGCAACAGCUGUAAAGUUUUAGAUUCAGAUUCGCUGAAGGUAGUUACUAUUAGAUAGAAUGGCAUAUAUUUUUAAUGGAAGGUUUUGCAACAGAAAGAGAUAAGCACUCAUAUUUGAUGUUCUUUCUAUAUUGAUAACCAUGCUAGAUUAAAUAUAUAGUCUGCCACGUUGUUUGGAAUGUACCUUUUGCAAAACUAAGUGCCUAUUAUGUAGGUUUCUUUAGAUGUGGAGUAUUGGAUUGCAAUCGAAAAACGGGCUUCAUUACUUCCUACUGUCCUAUGUAGUCUAAAUUUGAUGUACUGCUUGGCUUCACAUUCCACCGCAGAGUAUCAACACUGGUGAAAAAUUUGUAUGUGAAGCACCAAGUUGCUGCAAUAUGAAUUUUUUUGGGCAAGCAUGUCCACUGAUUCUUAUCGAUUGGCGUGUUUUUUUUUUUUUUGGCCUCUUGUGUAUGCAAUUUGCUGGGCUCACGUUAUUUAGUUGAUUUGUGUAACUUUAAGUAUCAUUUAGUAAGCAUGUUUAAUACCUUUGUUGUGUUCUGACAAGCGUGUAGUAAGCUAGUUUCUGUAUAAUAAAAGAAACUUUAUAUGUGGAGUAUGUUCUCUUGUGUUUUUCACUAGCUUAUUCAGUAAAUAUUUGUAGAGCAAUUGAAGUUGUAGCUAGGAUGCUAGGUUCAAGACCAUUUUUUUAUUCACACAUUUCAGUUAUGCAUGGUGUUGGGGUUCUCACGUCUGAGCUCUUCAGUUGGAGCUAUAGUUAAUUCAUGCAGUUGUGUGUGUGUGUGUGUGUGCCUACUUACCAGUACCAUUGGCAAACUAACUGAACAUUUGUCUAUUUAUUUAGGCCCGGGGAAGAUCUCCAGAUAUGGAUUUCUAUUCUCAUCCUGACACAAAUCAUUCAGCAAAGCAUCAACCCGGAGAAAACGCUAUUGUUGCGUACAAUCCUGAUAACGCACCUGAAGCGUCUAUUGAUCCUUAUGAUUCAGAUAUGACCCCAAGCAUCCAGGAGGCUUUGCACCGGUCAAAUAUGGACAUAUGUGGUGCAGAGUAUGUAAGGAAGGAGGUGCCACUUUUUGUCUUCCCUACAAGGAAUCUGCUAAAACUGGAAACCACAUUGACUUCUUACUGUGAUAUGCAACGGGUCCUUUUUGAAGAGGAACAGUCAGCAUACAAUCAAGCCAUGCAACAAAAUAUUUGUGAUGGGAAAAUUCACCCUCUUACAUCUAUUCACCAUGCAUCUACAUACAACUCUUCUCUCUGCAAAUUAAUGGAGUAUUGUUUGAGUCCAGCUAUAACUGUUCUUCAGGAUCGUGUGAAGGAAAAUGAACUUCGGUUAUCUAUGUUACAAGAGGAGGCUAAACAACUUGAGGCUGAGACGCAAAGUAUGCGAAAUGAUUCUCCUCGUCGCAUGAUGAAUCAAGGGGCUGGUGGCAGCAGUUCCCCAAUGGCUCGGAACAAGCAUCCUUUCUCCAGCCAAGGGAGCCCUAGAAGCCUGAGCGGUGGCAGCAGGAGGAAGGCUUAUUGAUUUUGACCAUGCUCACCCUGUUGCUGUGAUGAAUAUUGCAAGUCGUGGAUCCAUCGGAUGCUCCCUGGAGCCCCAGAUGUUCUGAUGGACUAAGGCGCAUACAAUGGCAAUGUACAUAACCAUUCCCUUUCAGCACUGUGCGGUAGUGAAAGUCUCCAACAGUCUCAUUUUGCCUUGUAUUAGGGUUCCUUCUUAUCCUGCUGCCUAAGCUGCGCCAAAUCCUCCUAUCCAUGGUUGGCCUGAGCUUGUAGCCUGCACACUGUAGACUGUACUGAACAGCUGUUGCUAAGAUGCUAUCUUUAUUUCUGGGGCUGGCAAAGAUGAAGGUUGUCGUUGCUCCGUAAUUGGAAAAAGGAACUUUACCAA